AACCACACUUCUCAAAUCACCCUCUCUCCCACACGACCAUGAAAUUAUUAUUGAUUUCUCUUAACAAUAAUUUCUAUGGCUUUUCAUCAUAAACACUUCUUUAUUUCCUUUUUCUUCCUUUCUUUUUUUAUUCUUCCUACCAUAAACACACUUUCAACUGUUUCAAUUUCUCAAACCUCAAAUUCCAACCAAACCUUAAUUUGUGUCUUACAACAUCAAAACCAAAAGGGACAUUCAAAUCUCAAUUGUACUAGCUUUCCUCCUAGUACUGUUACAUUUGAAGUGAAUCCCAAUGUUUCCUUCUCUCAAAUUGUUGGUGGAAAUGGUUUUGUAUGUGCAUUAACAUCAUCAUCAUUUUCAUCUUCAAAUUCCAUCAUGGUUUGUUGGAGAUUCUCCAAUGCUUCUACUACUAAAUAUAAAAGAAUCUACCAUGGACCCUUUAUUCAAGAUAUUGAUAGUGGAAAUUCCCAUGUUUGUGGUCUUGUUAAAAGGAACAAUGGUUUUCACCUUGAGUGUUGGCAAUGGAAUGGAUUCAUCAAUUCAAGCAUGAACAUGAACAUGAACAUGUUAAGUAUUGCUGUGGGAGAGAAUUUUGUAUGUGGGAUAUUAGAAAAAGGGAAUGUUACUUGCAUAGGAAGUAACAAUAGAGUUGUUGGGAAUGAACCUAAGAGUGGUCGAAAUUAUUCUGUAAUUGAAGCUGGUUCAAGCCAUGUUUGUGCUAUCUCAAUUGAUGGUAGUUUGGAUUGUUGGGGUGAUAUGGUUGGUGAGAAACCAAAAGGGAGAUUCAUUGGUUUGGCUUUGGGAGAUAAUAGAAGUUGUGCACUUGGGUAUGAUGGAAUUGUUACUUGUUGGGGUUCUAAUAAUUUCACCAUGCCAUUGAGAUUAAAAGGGACUUUUUUUGAAUCAAUUGUUGCAAAAAAGAGUGUUUUUUGUGGUGUUUUGACUUCUAAUUAUUCUUUGUUUUGUUGGGGCAGUGAUGAAAUUUUGAAGUCAAAUAAUGCCCUCAAGGUGUUUGAUAAUGUUCUCCCUGGACCUUGUAAAAAUGAAUGUCCAUGUGGUCCUUUAUCAGAUUCUGCUAAACUUUGUGUCUCACCAGCCAUCAUUUGCAAGCCUUGUUUACCAUCACUUGAAUUUCCAUCAAACCCGUCUUCCUCUCCGAUACCCAAAACUUCAUCGAAAAGUGGUACUUGGAGCAACAAAAUGGUGGCAUUUUUAGUAAUUGGGUGUGUUGGUUGUAGUUCAUUGUUACUAGUCUUGUCUUUCUUCCUUUACAAAUACUGCAAAAGCACAGUAUGCAGAGUCCAUGACUCCGGCAGAUUAGACGAUCCCGAAAUCCAAACGGAACCUCAAGGACCUAUCCCUAAUGCAACUCUUGAGAAGAGGUUAAGCCAUGUAAUCAGCAUGGGAAAUGGAGGCACACAUUUGGAGGAAUAUUCACUUCAAACACUAAUUGAAGCCACCAACGAUUUCUCUCAAGAGAACAAAAUUGGUGUUGGAAGUUUUGGUUCAGUGUACCAUGCAAAACUUGAAGAUGGAAAAGAAGUUGCUAUAAAAAGAGCUGAAAUGUCAUCAACUUCAGCUUCUUGUGCAGUCUUAGGUGUCACAAAAAGACAAGAAGACAAAGACAGUGCAUUCAUAAAUGAACUUGAAUCUUUAUCAAGACUCCACCACAAAAACUUAGUCAAAUUACUUGGUUUUUAUGAAGACAAAAAUGAAAGAAUUUUAGUAUAUGAAUACAUGAACAAUGGAAGCUUAAAUGAUCAUCUUCACAAGCUUCAAACUUCAUCAUCAACAAAUCUUAUGUCAUCAUGGAGUGGUCGUAUAAAAGUAGCAUUAGAUGCAGCUAGAGGUAUAGAAUAUUUACACCAAUAUGUCACACCAUCAAUAAUCCAUCGUGACAUUAAAUCAUCAAACAUAUUAUUAGAUUCAAAAUGGGUUGCUAAAGUAUCUGAUUUUGGUUUAUCAUUAAUGGGUCCUAAUGAAGAUGAAGAGUCACAUCUUUCAUUACUAGCAGCUGGAACUGUUGGUUACAUGGACCCUGAAUACUAUAGGCUACAACAUUUAACAACAAAAAGUGAUGUGUAUAGUUUUGGUGUUGUUUUGUUAGAAAUUUUAAGUGGGUAUAAAGCUAUACAUAAAAAUGAAAAUGGGGUGCCAAGAAAUGUGGUUGAUUUUGUGGUACCAUUUAUUGUUCAAGAUGAAAUUCAUAGAGUUUUAGAUCCAAAAAUGCCACCACCAACACCAUUUGAAAUUGAAGGUGUGGCUUUUGUAGGUUAUUUGGCUUGUGAUUGUGUUCGUUUAGAGGGUAGAGAUAGACCAAAUAUGAGUCAUGUUGUGAAUAGUUUGGAAACAGCUCUUGCGGCGUGUUUGGCACAACCAAUUGUACUUUCUAGAUCUACUACUAUCACUGUUUCUUCUGACUAGUUCUACUUCCACCACAAUCUCUUUUUCCUUACGCUUAACGCGUUUGUCAAUUUUUUUGUUUCUUUAUUCCAUUUUUUGUUAAUAUUUUUCAAACUAAUAUCAUUGUCACAACUUCCACGGGA